AUGAGAGCUCAUCUCGUGGUCGCUGCCAGCUGGAUCAGCAGCAUUGGCUUCGCCAGCGGCAUUGAAUUCCCAAGCAAUGCGACGGAGAUAUUUGGCCCCUUUGUUCGUGACAAUGGCACGCUUUCAGCCUGGAUGUCAACAUACCCGGACGAGACGCUCCUGACGCAAAUCAACAUCCCAGGAACGCACGAUUCGGCAACUUGGAACUACACACAAGCUACCCAAGAUGCCCUGGCCAAUAUCACGGCAGGCGAUGGAGAGCCCAUGUACCCACCCGAGGUCUUCCGCUGCCAGAGCGCCAGUAUCAUGGAUUCCCUGAGCGCCGGUGUACGUUUCUUUGACCUGCGCUUUGCCUUGGACCCUGCCGGCACCAAGCUCGUCUUCUGGCACUCGCAAGCCCUCAUGUCCGAACGCGCGACGGUAGAGGACGUGGUCACUGCUUUCUACUACUGGCUGGACUUGCAUCCCUCAGAGACGGUGAUUCUUUCGUUCCAAUACGAAACCUCCACAACCGCCAAUGCAACUUUCGAUGCGACGGUGCAGCAGUUGAUAUUUGACAUCCUCAACUCGACCACUGCGGCCGAGUAUAUCGAUCAAACGCACGAUUAUCUGCCCACGCUUGGCGAAGCACGUGGCAAGGCUGUGCUCUUCAAGCGCUUCGACCUGGACGAACUUCCAGAGGAGUACGAAGCUGCGUUGCCUGGCCUGCAUUUGUCUCCGAGCUUGUGGACGGAUGACAGCAGAGACAUAUCCCUCACAUACAACACCGUGAUGAACUUGACCGCUUACAUCGAGGACUAUUACGAGCCGGACGAUUUGGGCGACAGUUCCACGGCAGCGGCCAACAUAGCUGCCAAGGUGAAUGCCACGGCUUCGCAUCUGGUGAAGGCGACCUCGGGCUCUUCCGACUAUGAUCGAAGCUUGUUUAUCACGUUCGCAUCAGCAGAGCACAAUACUGCACUUCCAGUGGCAGUGACGCCUCAGAUAAUGGCUCUUGGGACUGGCAAUUCAUCCACACCUCUGGGUGGAGUCAACCAGCAAAUUCUCCCGGUAAUCCAGAGUUUGAAGGGGGAAAGAAUGGGGAUUGUUGUUGUGGACUUCUGGGAUGAGCCCGGAGACCUGAUUGAAAGUAUCUUGUCCUAG